GUUAGUGCUGCCACUGCGUUGCCUGAGUGCUGUAGUCCCACAGGUGGAGUCCUGCUCUAGCUCUGUCUCCCCCUUCUUUGUGACCUCUCCUCUCCUCCACUCCACUCUGAAUAUUGCUCAUAUUUGGAGAUAUGUGACUAACAAUAAAUUAGCUGGAUGUUACUCGGUGAGCGCAAGAAAGGGAAGCUGUUUUGAACCAGGCUGCUGAUUCCUGCCAGUCACCCCCAGGAUGGAACUAUCACCUUGCAAUUUGUUGUCUGUGAAAAUCAUACAAAUAAAAAAUCUACGAAAGGCAGAUCUAUUUAGCCAGUUGGAUUGCUAUGUGAGCUUGUUCCUGCCAACGGCUUCAUUUGAAAGGGCCCAGACCAAGACUAUUAAGGAUUGUAAGAACCCAAAGUGGAAUGAAACCUUCUGCUUCAGGAUACAGAAUCGGGUCAAAAAUGUUUUAGAGAUGACAGUUCACGAUGCCAACAACUGCCUUGUGGAUGGCCAUCUCCUCACUAUUUUCUUUGAUGUUUCUAAAAUCCAGCUUGGAGAAACAGUUCACAUCACAAUUCCAUUGGAUCCAAAAAUUCAAGAAAAUCUGGAGGUAGAGUUUAGCCUGGAGAGUAUCCCAGUUCUUCAUGAGCAUAUUGUUACUAAUGGCGCAUUAGUGUCUCGUGAAGUUUCCUGCCUGGAAGUACAGGUGAAUGGGGGAAAGACAACAAAGGAGGAAUCAGGAGAGAAAAACUUCACCUUUACUGUGCAAGGAUCCUAUGAAGAAACCCAGGACUUUGUGUUGGGCUCUGAGUUGCAUCUUGCUGAUCCUCUUGUGUUUCACUACAUCAAGUAUGAAGAAUCUGCAUUGGAAAUUGAAGUACCAAAGAAGUUUUUUUCUGGUGGAAAUAAUGAAAGACUUUGCCUCACUUUGCCUCGGGAUACACUUAAUAUGGAAAAGAAAGUAACUAUAGACAAGGACAAAACAAUUGAUCUAUGUGUAAAGGAAAAAGAUUGGCCAAAAGACCUGGAUGUGCGUUUGGGGUAUGAACUAUGUAUAGAUGAACAAAUACUUAUGCAGAAACGGAAGAAGAUUGUUGCAGCUGCCGUGAAAAAGGCUCUCUGCUUAGAGAAGGACUUUCAAGAUCACGAGGUGCCAGUGGUGGCUGUCAUGGCAACAGGGGGUGGUGCCAGGGCAUUCACAGCUUUACAUGGCAAUCUAUUUGGCCUUCAAAAAUUGAAUCUCUUAGAUUGUAUUUCAUAUAUCUCUGGAUCGUCUGGCUCCACAUGGACCUUAUCAAAUCUGUAUGAACAUGCUGACUGGUCACAGCAGGACCUUUCGGGAGCAAUUUCAGAGGCUCGCAAGAAAAUGACCAAAUGCAAGCUAGACCUUUUUUCCUUAGAAAACUUAAAAGAUUACAGCAAUGCAUUGGAGCAGCGGAAAAAGCAAGGCUACAAAACAUGUACUACUGAUCUUUGGGGACUUUUAAUUGACAAAAUAUCAGGCAGUGGGAGAUGCAAUGGCACACUCUCAGAGCAGAAGCAUGCCCUGAAUCACGGUCAGAACCCCAUGCCUAUAUACAUGGUUCUCAACACCAGGGACAAGUCUAGCCUUCCAGAAUUUAAAGAAUGGAUGGAAUUUACUCCCUAUGAGGUUGGAUUAUUAAAAUAUGGUGCCUAUGUUCGUUCUGAGAAUUUUGGAAGCAAAUACUUUAUGGGUCGGAUGAUGAAGAAGGUUCCAGAAUCUCGAAUAUGCUUCAUGGAAGGUGUGUGGAGUAAUGUAUUUUCCUAUAACCUACUGGAUGCCUGGCGUACAACUGAUGCUUCAGAAGAAAGCCUUUGGAACAGAGUUACCCAGAGCAGGGUAACGGAAAUUGAAACGCCUCCUCAGCCACCUAGACCACAUGAACUGAAUACUCACCUGGUUAUCCCUCCUUGUAAAUUUGCUAAGAUCCUUCAUGAAAUCAUAACACUACGCAUAACAACCUCAGAGUUCCACAAUUUCUUAAGGGGGUUCCAAUUCAACAAUGGGUAUCUAGAUAAUAAGAACUUUUCUACAUGGAAAGAUACUGCACUAGACACUUUUCCAAACCAGCUGACACCUACAUCAAAAUACCUGUCCCUCAUAGAUACUGCAGUCUAUAUGGAUUGCAGCUACCCACCACUCUUGAGGCCAGAGAGAAAAGUGGAUGUUAUUCUGCAUUUAAAUUAUUCUUCAGGAUCACAAACAUCGGCUUUAGAUGAAGCCUCCAGAUACUUUUCAAAGCAAGGGAUUCCUUUCCCCAAAGUUGAUAUGAGUCAUGUUAAGAAUAAGGAUCUAAAGGAGUGCUACAUAUUUGAAGAUCCUGGGAACUCAAAAGCACCUAUUGUGGUUUUUUUCCCUCUAAUAAAUGACACCUUCAGAAAAUAUAAAGCACCAGGUGUGGAACGCAGCCCCUCUGAACUGAAGCAGGGUGAAGUUGAUGUGACCAGUCCCUCUUCUCCAUAUCACAUAGAAUGCUUUACAUAUACAGAGGAAGAUUUUGAUAAACUGGUGGAACUGACAAGCUAUAAUAUUCAGAAUAAUAAACCCUUGAUUCUCCAGGCUUUGCAAAGAGCAGUAGAGAGAAAAAGACACCAGCAGCAAUAGGCACCAUGGCAAAAAGUAUCUGUGAGAUGGAUGCAUGGCUUUUACAAUAAGGAAAUCAAAUGUAUAUGAGAAUGUGCUGUUUCCCCCCCAACAGAUUAGUUUAUGACCAUGCAUGUAGGCCAGUAGUUUGCAAAUCUUUGGUUCAGGGGACUGUCUAACUGAUUGCACUCAAGACUGCCUGUACCCUCUCUUAUAUCUUUGCACUAUAUAAUCUCAAGAAAUGAUUUUAAAUUAUUCACUUAUUUUAAAGCAUUUAAAAAACACUUUUUAAAAACUGCUUCAUAUUUUUAAAAAUUCUAAGCUGUGAAUAAUAUAUAUAUAUAUAACACAACAAUGUUAAAAAUGCAGCCUAAAACCAACUGUUGUGCUUCAUGUCACAGAAAUUAGGGGAUUCAAAUUCAUAAAGCAGGUUUCAAUCUUAUGGGUUACAGAAAGAGAAACUGAAUGUGAAUUUCUCAAAUGCUGCCUGUUUAAAUAUCUCUAGAGGUUAGAAAUAAAUACGACUUUAAUUGUA